AUGGCUUACUUAACCUUAAAAGCUACAGCCUAUUUCAGCUCUUCAAUCAACUCUUCAAGUGAGACUUACCUCCCUUUUUCACCCUCCAAGCUCCUCAAGCUCCCUCCCUUCUGGCCAUGGGAAAAGGUGAAGGUGGGUCCGCUGAGUGUGUCUCCAAUGGGGUUUGGCACUUGGGCAUGGGGCAACCAACUUCUCUGGGGGUACCAGGAAUCAAUGGACAAUGAGCUUCAACAGACUUUCAAUCUGGCUGUGGACAGUGGCAUCAACCUUUUUGACACUGCGGACUCCUAUGGCACCGGCAGGUUGAAUGGAAAGAGUGAAAAACUACUUGGAAAGUUCAUCCGAGAGUAUCAAGGGCAAAAGAGGCUGCAGGAGGACAUUGUAAUUGCUACCAAGUUUGCAGCCUAUCCUUGGCGCCUAACACCGGGGCAGUUUUUGAAUGCUUGCAAUGCCUCGAUAGAUCGUAUGCAGAUUGAACAAAUUGGAAUAGGACAAUUACAUUGGUCAACUGCAAAUUAUGCUCCUUUGCAAGAAAAAGCUCUUUGGGAUGGGUUGGUUGCAAUGCAUGACAAGGGUUUAGUUCGAGCUGUUGGGGUCAGCAACUAUGGACCGAAGCAGCUUGUAAAGAUCUACGAUUACCUCAAAACCCGGGGAGUCCCCUUAUGCACAGCUCAGGUGCAAUUUUCUUUGUUAAGCGUGGGAGAAGAUCAGCUGGAGAUCAAGAAUAUAUGUGAUUCUCUUGGUAUCCGCCUGAUUGCUUAUAGCCCUUUAGGACUUGGAAUGCUUACUGGGAAAUAUACACCCUCUAAUCUUCCGCGUGGCCCUCGGGCCUUCCUAUUCGGGCAAAUUCUUCCAGGACUGGGCCCUUUAUUAAGCUCACUUAAAGAAAUUGCACAAAAAAGGAGCAAAACCAUACCACAAGUUGCUAUAAAUUGGUGCAUUUGCAAAGGGACCAUUCCCAUACCUGGAGUGAAGACAGUGAAACAAGCAGAAGAAAAUUUGGGGGCUUUGGGUUGGCGCCUGAGUUCCCAAGAGUUGCUCCAGUUAGAAUAUGCGGCACGGGAGUCACCUCAAAAGAUGAUCCAAAACAUUUUCCAAACAAGGUGA